GUGGCUGAGAUAGAGAGAUCUGCCAGCCCCUGUUCAGAGCCUGACGUAGCGCAGCUGCGUGAGCGACUAACAGCUUUAGAUUUGCAGCUGCAAGAGACCAGCGUCCAGGCCAACCAACAGCUGUCACUCCUGCACUGCAACCACGAGCAGCGCUUACAGCUGCUCCGGCAACUCGAGGAGCUGCGCCGCUGCGACGAUGACGAGGCGUCGUUCCCUGACCUGCCGACGGAGGAGGACCUGCUGGUGUCGUCGCUGCCGUGCCUCGCGUUGCCUCCCCUUGCUUCACCGCGCACCAAAAAACAUGAAAAAAUUAUAGGCCUUAAAAAAGCUGCAAUCAGCUCAGCGUGGGGUCGCGUAUUGAGUAGCAAGUUGAACAAGUCCCCAGCGAGCCCCGCAGUCUCCCACAGCACCCCCGCUCUGCCCCCCUCCCCGCCCUCUGCUACCCGCACGGGCAAGAGGGGCUCCUCACAAUUCUAUGCCCCACUCCUCCCUGAGCAUCAAAAGAGGACGCCGCUCAACGUCGAAUCCCAACUCCAAAUGGGAAGUGACGAAGAGGAAGACGAAGAGAGGUACACGAAGACAGAAAUUAGCCCUGAAGCGUUAGCCGAGAUUUCUGCUUUCAAGCAGCUCAUCCAAGCCUAUUUCGCCGGCCACUGCUUCACGCAGUCGCCUGAAUUACAGCAGUACUUGUAAACAUCUAUUUUCUUGGUUCAUAACGUACGUUUCAAAUUUUAUGCAAAUUUCGAAUGAUUGGCAAAAUGAUUACGUCGACGUCCUCCUUGUGGGCCUCUAUGUGAUUUCAGUUACUUAAUGCAAGCUCAAAAAUGUCAAAUUGUAAUUCAUAGCAAGUGGUGAAUUUUUCUCGUAUUUAUAGACGUCUCGGACAAUUUUCCUGCCGGACUCGCGGCCGGUCUCCAAAUUCA